UGAACCCAUUUCAGGCCUAAAAUGAUAGGCUCGAGGUCAGUAAGGGGUCAGAGGGUAAAGGCUAUUCACCCAGCAUUCCCAGCUGCAGGAUACACAGCCAUCUUGGAUCUACGAGCAGAGGGGAAAUUAAUGCGGUGACGAACGGUAUGUUCAGUGCUACAAGAAAGAAGUUUGUAGAGGGGGUCGAAAGCGACUACCCUGAUGAGAGUAUGUACUAUGGCCAGCCGUCGAUGUUCCCUCAUCGAUCGGAGAAAGAUAUGCUGGCAUCUCCUUCGCCGUCAUCGUCAGGUCAAUUGUCGCAGCUUGGUGCAAGUUUGUAUGGUCCCCAAAGUGCACUAGGCUUCUCAAUAAGGAGCAUGAGCAACAACAACCCUCAGUUAAACCGGAGUUUAACACAAGGUACUCAGUUACCGAGCCAUAGCACCCCAACAACAGGAGUCCCAACCAUGUCUCUCCAUACUCCGCCUUCGCCAAACAGGGGCAUUCUGCCUAUGAACACCAGGAACAUGAUGAAUCACUCACAAGUGGGUCAGGGUAUGAGUCUGGGUGGCAGGACAAGCAGUAUGGGAAGCUCAGGCCUCGGGAGCCCAAACCGCAGCUCACCCAGCAUCAUCUGUAUGCCAAAGCAGCAACCGGCACGACAGCCCUUCACCAUCAACAGUAUGUCAGGUUUUGGAAUGGGUCGAAGUCAGGGGUUUGGUAUGAACUCGUUAUCGAACAACAUCUUUAAUGGAACAGAUGGGAGUGAAAAUGUGACGGGACUGGACCUCUCGGACUUUCCAGCAUUAGCAGACAGAAGUCGGAGGGAAGGAAAUGGAAACCCAACACCAUUGCAUAAUCCGUUGGCUGGAAGGGCUCCCUAUGUUGGGAUGGUCACAAAGCCGUCAACUGAACAGUCCCAAGAUUUCUCGAUUCACAAUGAGGAUUUUCCUGCACUGCCUGGGCCUAACUACAAGGAUCCAACGCUGAGCACGGAUGAAAGCAAAUCACAGAACUUGAACUCAUCAACCAAGAGCAGCUCCAGUGCAGAUGGUCCCAAGUUCCCAGGGGAUAAGACAUCAGCACAGAACAACAACCAGCAGAAAAAGGGGAUUCAGGUGUUGCCUGAUGGCAAGGUGACAAACAUUCCUACUGGAAUGGUGACGGAUCAGUUUGGAAUGAUUGGGCUGCUAGCCUUUAUUCGAGCAGCUGAAACAGACCCCGGAAUGGUUCAUCUGGCGUUAGGAAGUGACUUGACCACACUGGGACUCAACCUCAACUCUCCAGAGAACCUGUAUCCCAAGUUUGCAUCUCCUUGGGCAUCUGCACCAUGCCGACCACAGGACAUUGAUUUCCACGUUCCAUCGGAGUACUUAACCAACAUUCACAUAAGGGACAAGCUUGCUGCAAUAAAACUAGCACGAUAUGGGGAGGACCUGCUGUUCUACCUCUACUACAUGAAUGGAGGAGAUCUCUUACAGCUUCUAGCUGCUGUGGAACUCUUUAACCGAGACUGGAGGUACCAUAAAGAGGAGAGGGUAUGGAUUACAAGAGCACCUGGCAUGGAGCCCACUCUGAAGACCAACACUUAUGAGAGGGGGACAUACUACUUCUUUGAUUGUCUUAACUGGAGGAAGGUUGCUAAGGAGUUUCACCUUGAAUAUGACAAGCUUGAGGAGCGGCCUCAUGUACCAACCACCUUCAACUACAACCCGGCGCAGCAGGCCUUCUGAACCGGAGGUGCUCAGGUUCUCUGAGCUGCAGAAACAGACCUCAGCACUAGACUUGGCCAACCACAAUCUGCUUUUAUUCCUCACCUGUCUGGACAAGGACUGCAGGAGGAGGGCAGGGGGUCUCUACCUUAACCAGUGAGGGGAGAUACCAUGCCUUACCAAUAAUGUGCUGCCCAAAAUGACACACACACCCCAUUACACUGUUUUUAAAUAUUCUCAUACCCUGUUUCUUUUCCUCCUUUUUCAUUUUGAGCACCCGUCUGUAUUUUGUUUACGCCUCAGAUCAAAAGCCUGUUUGGUCUUUGGCAGGAGAACUGACUUGCAGUACGACAAAAGGUUACGUUUCGUUUUCCGAAACGUACCAUGUUAGUAAACAGGACAGACACAAAAAUCAAUCCAAUACAUGUGAAUACAAAAGGGCGGAAGAAAAAUGCAAUGUUCAUUGUUGCACUAUUUAGUAAUAAAAGAACACAAAAAUUGUUUUGUGCUUUUUUUAUGUGGAAAAAAAUGCUCUUCUCCUGUUUUUGUCUGGAAGGAUUCACAGCCUACUGUUAACAUCAUGGAAUCUCUUGUCCUUUAGCCUUGUUUUUUUCCUUCUCCUCCAGAACAUUCCUUUGAUCUGUCAUCUUAACCGUGCAUUCGAUCCUACACCCGAUCAGGUCCUCUGCCUAACUCCAAUAAUUACAAAUCAGACUGUUUUAGUGACCAUUGUGGGAACAGCUUGUGGACCAUCCUCACCCAGGGGGUUAUGACUAAGCUACAUUGUUCCAGAUAAAACACUUCUCAGUCUUUGUUACAAUUUUGUAAUAAAUGUGUACAUUUUUUUUUAUUUUUUUGGACAUCACAUGAAUAAAGAUAUGUAUGUACGAAUGUGUAUAUAUUAUAUAUAUAGAUAGCUGUAUCUAUAUAUAUAUAUACAUGACGUCUAUUUUGGAAAAAGGUAAUUAUUCUUUGCUCAACCUCAUUUUUAGGAGGUGAGCAGUGGUGGCAUUAUGUGUUAGAAACAAACAAACAAAAAAUAGUGUUAAUCUUAUUGAGCUGCCAGACAGGGCUUCACACUUGUUACCCUGUGCACUUAAGACCAAGAUAAACAUUCAAAAAUAUGGAAGGCCAGAUUUUUUCGAACUAAGGAAAUCUAUACCCCAAAGCCCCAAAAGAGUAGGUGGAAACAUUUCACAUGCAGCUGUUUGAAUAGAAACAUUUCAUAGGAAAAGGAAAAUUGGUAAUACUGCUAACAAAAAAAAACAAAAAACAAAAACAAACCAGUCUUGUAUUUUCUGAAAACAUUGAACGCGUCUUUCUUUCCUUUGUAAUAAAGCAGAACGGCUUUCCUGAA